UGUACAAAAAAGUUGAUUUCUCUUAACCGUGCUCAAAUGGACGAAAUUGAAGAUUUCUUUAAUAUCUCUAAAGAUUUUGUGCCGCGAACAGCCCCUGUAGAAAGACCGAGAGACGAAGUCGCCUCAACCAGUAAAACAGCACUUGAACUGUUAAAGCGGCAUGCCCCGAUUUUUCCUGAGGACUGUAAAACAUUGAAAAAAUUACGUAGACAUGACGAUUGCAAGGAAACUAAUGAAAAAUUGCAUAGAAGUAAUCAAGACCCUGAAGUCGCCAAUUUCAGUAUUGACGAUCUGGGAGAAGAAACCGAGCCUGUUAAAGUCGAUGGUGGUAUUUACGAGCGUUAUGUGUUUGACUUAAAUCGAGAUUCCUCAUUACCUAUAUACGAUGCAAAAGAGAAAAUCAUUGACGCAAUUCGUAAGAAUCCUGUUGUUAUUUUGGAAGGUGACACCGGUUGCGGAAAAACUACUCAGGUUCCCCAAUAUAUUCUGGAUGAAGCUUAUCGUCGACGCGAGUAUUGCAGAAUUAUUUGCACGCAACCGCGAAGAAUAGCGGCCAUGUCUAUUGCUAAACGAGUUUGCAGCGAACGCAAAUGGGAAGAAGGAUCUGUCGUGGGUUAUCAGGUUGGUCUUCACGCAAAUAUAUCUGAUGACACCCAUCUUCUCUACUGUACAACUGGUGUUUUGUUGCAAAAGUUAAUACGUGAGAAGACAUUAUUCCCCUAUACACACGUCAUCUUAGACGAAGUUCACGAGCGUGACCAAGAUAUGGAUUUUUUGCUAAUAAUAGUUCGACGUCUAUUGGUAACCAAUUCGAAAAAUGUUAAAAUUAUUCUAAUGUCUGCCACCAUGGAUGUGCGAGAAUUUUCGCAAUAUUUUAAAAUAUUCAAUAGACCAGCUCCAGUGAUUCACUCUGAUGCACGCCGUUUAUAUCAAGUAAAAGAAUUCUAUUUAUCUGAUUUAGAUCGCAUCAAUACCAAGAAAGCGACAGUGGAUUUUGAGAAUCCCGGAAUUGACGUGGAAAUGUAUAAUUUGGCUUUAAAGCUUAUCAUUGUCAUAGAUAGCAUUGAGAAAAAGGAGGCGGACUUUAAUCCAGACUCAUCGAUGGACGCGAAUAGGAUAGCAAUUCUAAUAUUUUUACCAGGAAUUAAUGAAAUAGAUCAAAUGUAUAAGAGACUGGAACAGUUGAAUGACGCCGACUUGAAUAAAUCAAAAUUAAGCCCAAUUCGUUUACAUUCCAUUAUAUCACCUGAAGAACAAGUAAAAAUAUUCCAUCGACCUCCUCCCGGCUAUCGUAAAGUUAUACUAGCUACCAAUAUAGCUGAAAGUUCUAUAACUGUGCCAGAUAUCAAAUACGUGAUUGAUUUUUGUUUGACCAAAAUUCUGAUAACUGAUACAUCAACGAAUUUUACUACUUUACAAUUACAUUGGGCUUCACGUGCGAAUUGUCGUCAACGCGCCGGUAGAGCGGGGCGCGUAAUGAACGGCCGUGUUUAUCGUUUACUACCACGUCAUUACUAUGAGAAAUACUUGGACGAAUUUAGCACACCAGAGAUGUUACGUUGUCCCUUGGAGAAUGUAGUUUUAAAGGCAAAACUGCUUGAAAUGGGUUCGCCAAGCACGGUGCUUGGUUUAUCCAUGAACCCUCCCAAUUUAAGUGAUAUUCAAAAUACGAUAACUAUUUUAAAAGAAGUCGGAGCCCUGUACAAAUAUGCCAACGAUAUUUACUCUAUUGAAGACGGUGACAUUUCAUUUAUGGGGCGCGUAAUGGCCUUAAUGCCAUUGGAUGUACGUUUAACACGAUUAACGAUUUUGGGCUGGGUUUUCGGUGCUUUAGAGGAGUCUAUAAUUAUUGCUGCUGGUUUGAGUGUUCGGUCUAUUUUUAAAACUCAGCAUUAUAAGCGACAAAACCAAAUAUCGGCUUUCGUACAAAAACUUAAAUGGGCUGAUGGAUCGGGCUCAGAUUUAAUAGCCAUUCUAAAUGCAUAUAAAGAAUGGAGUUCGUUAAGUGAAAGUGAUGAAGGGCGUGAUGAACACGAUGAGCUAUCUUGGGCUGGUAGAAAUUUCGUAAAUAUACGCAGUAUUAGGGAAAUGCAUUUAUUAGUCAUUGAGCUGAAAGAGCGUUUGGCGGCGUUCGGGAUUAAAAAAAAUCCCACUUACCGAAUAAUUUCAAGUAGCUUGGAUUGGGAGAAGGCCAUGAUUUUAAAGAUUAUUAUUAGCGGUGCUUUCUAUCCCAAUUAUUUUACACGCUCUAGAAUAACCCGGCCUGAAAAAGAAAGAUCCAUUUAUCAUACGUUGUGCGGCCACGAUCCAUGUAAUACUGUAAUGUUUUCAAAUUUCGAAGCACGACAUAUAGGCGAGCUGUAUACUGGACGAAUAAAAGAGCUAUUUAAAGAUGUUGAUAUCGAACCGGAAAAGAUUGACGUACAUUUUCAGUCAGGCUCUGAAAAAGUGUUUAUUGUUUUUAAAGAUAGAAUCAUUGGUGGUAAUGAUAACGAGGAUGAUCAAAUAAAAACGCCCGGUUUAGUAGACGUUAAUGUCUAUAAAGCCUUGCGAUUACGUUCAUUAAAUAUACGCCACCAAAUAAAUGUUAUGAACUCGAAAGAAGGGGAAUAUGCUGAAAGAUAUGGUUUGGGAAAUAUGUGCGAUGGUACGUUUAAACCGACCGAUAGGCAUAUUCAAAAUGUGGAAUUAGUAGUUUUACCCUCGGUUUUCCAGAAAAACAUAACCGGGUACAUAACUCAUAUUGAGACAUGUAGUAAAUUCUAUUUCCAACCUAUAUCGGAGAUGCCGCGUUUGCGCGAAAUAGAUGAACUAUUAAACGAUCCAAAUGAGCUUCAGAAGUGUCGAUUUUCGAAUGCUGCUGAAAUAAAAAAUGGCAUGUUUCUCUCGGCUCAUUUUGAGGAGAAAUUUCACCGGGCCAAAGUGUUAAAUGUGAUUCAUGUUUCGCGUCAACAUACACAAUUUAAGGUACAUUUCAUCGAUUUCGGUAAUAAGUCAAUUGUCAAAUUAGACGAUUUGCGACGUUUUUCUAAUUACUCCAAACAUUUGGCUGAUAUACCCCCACGUUUAUUCCAAUGUCGUCUGGCCUUAGUAGAAGCUUCGGCUGUAUUAUCUCCUACUGAGAAGUGGGUAGACGAAGCGAUGGUAUUGAUGCAAGAACAUGCCGAUGCUGGUCCAACAGAAAUUGAGGUGUAUUCCUUGAUUAAGGGAGUUGCCAAUGUGAUCGUCAAGAAAGAGGAUAGCUCUUUGAAUGAGACUCUUGUGGAGAAGGGCUUAGCGCGAAACUCGGAUGAAAAUCUAAUGUCUAAGACUGACCACGAUUUCCGCUUACGCAAACAAUCAGUUGCAAAUCGAUUUUUAGACGAUGAACAUUCAAGGCAAAAUGAGGAUUAUUUACGCUCUUUACAUCCCGAAUUGGACGUGAACAUUCAACCUCCCCCUAAACAACUAUGCACAAGAACACUGCAUUUGCGAGGGCCUUUCAGUCCCAUCGAAACAAAUAUAUAUAGUGCAACAAGUGUAGGCAAUUGUAAAGCCGUACAAGCGGAACGAGAUUCCGUCAAUUUUAUGUUAAUCGAUCCUGAUCCUAAAGAUGCCUAUGAACGUCUAACCGUCGCUGCAGGUAUUACGGAAUCCCCGAAUGGCGAUAACCUGGUCAUACGGGGUACGACUUUAAUGCCAAAUAUCCAUGGGUUUUGUGCUUUAAUGACCUUACUAUUUUGCCCAACCAUGCAACUAAAAUGUAAUAAAGAGCACACGAAAUAUGUCUCAAUUAUUGCUGGCUUAGGCUGCGAUGAGGAAACCUUUGAAUCCCUCUACAAGGAACAUGAUAUAGUACUGAAUUUGGAUGUAGAUUUGUUACCAGAUGAUAUAGAAUUGAUUAAUCAAAUUCGAUAUUCAAUGGAUACAAUAUUGUUCACAAAACCCAAUCAAGAACGGCCUGCCAUCCACCAGAAGGAAUGCGAAAAGCUAACGGCUAAAAUUCAAAAGCUCAUUUUCAGACUUUUAAGUAAAAAUCGCAAAUAUACUGACGUCACCGGCGGUCCUAACGACAAUAAAUGGCAAAAGCUUGCUGAAGAAACGAUUACAGAUUCUACAGAUUUAUAUGGUAAACGUUCGCUUUUUCCGCCUUUACUCGCUCCCCGAUUAUAUGACGAAAAAUAUGAUCGCAUCCAUUCGUUGACUUCGCAUUGCGAAGAACUGCACCGUUUACGACAAUUCGACGGAAAUAUUAAUUCAACUACUUGCCUGCUGUGCCAAGAGUCUCUCGAAAAUAUUACGCACUUACGCAUUCAUCUUCUAUCUCAACAACACCGUGAUCGUGAACAUCAAAUCCGUUUUAAGGCGCCAGCCAUUUAAGUUGAUAAGGAAAUUGUCGCGAAUGAAGUAAUUCAUUACAUUAGUAUAUUUUUCCUUUUAAAUAAUUUUGCUUUCUAAUUUUAUGAUUAAAUAAUCUUAAUGCUAUCGAAUUGUUUGAUUGGAAAAUUUUUUUUUCGUUGUUCCCAUUGAAAUACUUUAUGGGAACUUUUUGACGUUGAGGAAAGAGCAACAUAGCCGUUUUCAUAAUUAAAAGCAGUCGUAUUACUCACCUGGCGACUACGAUACUACAAUCAAGGGACCUAAUCCUUAACCUAACCAAGAGAUAG